GCGGUGUGCACUCUCCCGUUGUGUCCAUGGUGGUGUUGUGUUGUUAUUGUUGUUGGCAGCUUAACAACUCUUGGGCGAGGCGCGCGUGCUCGUUCAAACGCUCUUAUCAAUAAUACUACGGCGUAGCUGUUCUCGGAUUUACUUUUUUGUUGUUUUUUUUUUCUAUCUCUAAAUAUUCGUUACACACGUGCGUGAGCCAACCUCGAAACAAAAGUGGCACCCAUCGACUGUUACAACCUUGUGUAAUCAUCGGCGCCGUCGGUUCGGUGCUCCCGGAACACAUGAACUCGUUCGGGAGGCUGUACGAUCUGCCCCCUCCUCCGGUAAGUGCGGGCCAUCGGUGCGACGGUAGUAUCCUGAUCUCCCAACCCGAGGUGGGAUUUUGUUUCCAUUACUAUACUGACAAACGGUGUCAAUAAGUAAUCAUUAAUAAUACGUCGUUCACUGCAAGUGCAUGUGCGUGUAUGUGCAUCAUCUAGUGUGGGUGUGUGCUUCGACGAGCUCCGGAGGGACCAUCGUUGCAAAAAAAAGUGUAGACUGGCGUCAGCUGGACCCAAAGUUGUAAGAUGCGGAUCGUGCGACGAGAGAGUCGACAGCGACUCGACGCUGUGACAAAGAGCUGACCCGGAUUCCUCGAAUACUGUUGUUAUUGUUGUUUCGAUGUUGCUGUUGUUAUAGUUGUUGCUGUUGUUGUUAUUAUUUGUAGACAAUAAAUAGUGCUGGAGCCUCGAUUUUUGUGAUAGUAAGGUAAUAAUAAAAAAAUAAUCAGUACAGUGCAAGAGACACCUGGGGUACGACUCGAGAGCUCCGAUUUACCCGAUUGGUAUAGGAAGGUGACAACGAUGCUCCGAAAUAUUGCCUAGUGAUUGUUGUCGUCGUCUUGGUACAGCCGGUGUAGAGUUUGUGGGUCGACCGUUGGUGCGCGGUGCGUUGAUUGUCGCACGCGACGGUGGGCUACGUUGGCCCGGGGAGCACCGGAGGGAGACUGGCCCCUCGGGACCGAGAGGCGGAGGCGAGGCGGCGGCGGCUGCGAAGGCCCGACUGCGACUCGGUCGCGUCUACGGUGGAUCUUCGGGGCGCCACGACGACGCUCAACUUCACGGACCUGGGGAGCCCUUUCGGGGCGGGCGACCCCUGUCCAUCGAGCACCCCGACCCCGAACAGCAUGUCCGGCGGCGGUGCUGGCCCAGGACCCACGGGCGGUCCGUCGGCCGGUAGCGCGCCCAGCGCACCCCCCGCCGGCUCGGAGCUCGAGCAACACCUGCACCACACCGGGCUGGGCUCGGUAACCCCCGGCCCGGGUGGCAACGACAGCGCCUCGAGCACCCCUGUCUCCCAAACCGGCAAGUCGGCCUUCAUCGAACUCCAACACAACAACCUGUACAACCCGAGCGGCCUGAGAGCAGCUGCCGGUUACCCGGGCGGUCCGCACAACGUGCCCGGGGCCCACCAGUUCUCCCAACACGUGGGCGGACUAGCGGCCCACCAGGCGGCGGGACAGCCGGGCAACCAGCAACACGGACCCGAGCCCGGCUUUCCCAGUCCAAGGAGCGCCCUCGCUGGCUACCCGUUCGCCCCCAUGCACCAGCACAACGCGUACGGUUACCACCUCGGCUCCUACGCGCCCCAGUGCCCCUCGCCGCCCAAGGACGGGGAAUAUCCAAACUAUCUUUCGCCCCUGGACAACAAGAGCGGCAUAGUCGACGACCUCGGCGGCGGAGGUGGCGGAUCGUUGAGGAACGGCAAGGGCAAAAAGAUGCGAAAACCGAGGACGAUUUACAGCAGUUUGCAGUUGCAGCAGCUCAACAGGCGGUUCCAAAGGACGCAGUACCUCGCCCUGCCCGAGAGAGCCGAGCUUGCAGCGAGCCUCGGACUUACGCAGACGCAGGUGAAAAUCUGGUUUCAAAACCGAAGGAGCAAGUACAAGAAGAUGAUGAAGGCGGCGCAGCAGGGGGGUGGAGGUGGCGGCCAGCACAGUCUACUCGCCGGAGGCGCAGCGCUGCCGGGCGGCCCCUCUCCACAACCCGGACAACCCGGUGGCCUCAUGCAAGGAGACUAUUUCUUCAAUGUUGCAGGAGGCGGGAGCUCGGUGUCGGGGAGCCCGACGACGGGCUACCUCGGGGGCAUGGGUGGCGGUGCGGGCGGCCACACCCCGGCGAGUUCGAGUCCGGGCAGCGACAUGUCGCCCCAGCACAACGAGAGCCCACCCGCGCCCGCCUGGCCCAGCGAGAUGAAGCACCAUCCGCACCCCCACGCGCCGCCCCACAGCCACCACCACCCCCACAGGCCCGACUACAAUCCACCACCAGCGCCACCGCCGCCCCAUCUCACCGGCUACAUGCCCCAGUACUCCUGGUACCAGGCGGAUCCCAACCCCGGAUUACUCACGGUGUGGCCGACGGUUUAACGAAGCCGGCUGUAAUCCGGGACCACGGUUUAGACAAAGAAGGAGCCUCGAGAGACAUGAACUUACUUAAAGAAAACAAAAAAAAAAAAAAAAUGUUAAAAAAGAAAUAAAAAACUUGGAAAAACGAGGGGGACGUUCGAUGCGCAAACUCUCUCGGAGCUCCGUGUAAAAAUAUAGUGCACUCGGAGGAGAAGGAAAAGGCGAUCACCGCGGGGUUGCUUCGGAGUCCGAUGGCCACAGCGACGACUUACGACGAGAGUUUCACCGGAGUCGAGCCGAAGCCAAGUGUUGAUGAUAUACAUAAAUAUAAAUAUAUAAAUAAUGAAGGAAAUAACAAAAAACUGAGCUUUACACUCCGACGAUUCACCCACAACGGUGUUUCCUGCGUAUGUUUUGUCCGUCGCGAUUGUAAAGUUGUGAUCUCGUGAAUCGCGCAUACUAUAUAGAGAAAAAAAACAAAAAAAAAACUAUGAAAAGUUUCAGAAAUCAACGAGGCGGAAUUAAACAGAAAAAAAAAAACCCAGAUUUUAUUAUAAGCAUGUACAUACAUACCUAGAUAUAUCCAUACGUAUAUGUAUAUGUGUGUGUGUGUCUAACGAGAGUACACGUAUGAAUAAAAAUAAACGGGAAACGACGUAUUUAUAUAUCGAUAUCGCGCCGAUGCAGGACGUCGUCCGCCGAGCAUUGCCAGGCAGGCAUCGUAUUGUACACAUAGACGAUAUUACGUUAAAUUAUGAAAAAAAUGUAGCGGCGGCUGGGAUAUGGAAACAACACGCGAACGAUACGAUAACAACAAAUGUCGCAUCAGCCAUGCACGCGGGAGCUGAUGUCGCGUGUCGUCUCUCCAGUCGCGGAGUUUCUCAGCAAAUUUUCCGAGAGCGGUAUUAUACGCGACAAAAUGUACAAAAACGGAGCGCGACGAGGACUAAAUGGAAAAAAAAAACCUUUUUUUUUUCGUCUUUCCAAGAGGUUUCAGGACUACAGCGAGUGGCAACCGUCUCUCUCGUUUUUCCCUCUUGUCGUUCUUUUUCUGCAGCUUUCCCCUCCUCCGACCCCCGUUUUUUCUCUGCCGGAGCGAGAGAGUUGUGUGUGUUGUUACGCGCGAUACCGACGUGUGUAUAUGUAUAUAUACGAAGUAGCAGCAGAAAAGGAAGAAAUCACGUCACGGGGCCCGCGGUACAAGGAGAAAGGAGGAAUGACACGCGGGAGCGAAAAAACGCCGGGGAUUCCUUCUGCGAGGAGCGCGCGCGGCAAGAAAAGUUUCACGGGCCUUUUUACCUCGGUUUUGGUAUUUCUUUCAUUUCGCCCGCUGCAGUAAUUUCUCCCCCCCCCCCUUCGUAUACAGCCUCCCCAGUAGCGAGUGCUCGUUGCGCAACUCCCAUUUUUACCUGCACACGUAUAUAUACAUAGGUACACCUCCCCCCCCCCGCGUAGUCAUUAUUGCCGCGUACUAAAUGUUACAUUGUGCAGCUCGCCGAAAGUUGAAAAACGUUUUUCCCACCAGACGCGCCGCGGGCCAGAGGCGACGAACUUGCGCGCUUUGCGGAGGAGACGAGCGUUGCCACAGCGAUGAUUCAUUCGCACGCGGCUCGUGACUGAAAAAUGACAGAGAGAGAGAGAGAGAGAGAGGAUUUUUUGAGGUAGCCACCGGCGUUGCGUCGCGUUCCGCAAAACUUCGUAAUGAUAUUUUCGCGAGCUGGAGCUCCUCUCUUUCUCCCCGCUUCGCACUUCAUAUCGUCCUCGUGGUGGCGAAACCCGAGUAUUUGUAACUGUGAAAACAACAGAAAAUAAUAUUCACCUUUUUUGGUAAAAAAAAGAAAAAAAAAAAAAAAAAAUGUGAACGCAUGCGUGCAGCGUUGAGACGGGAAACGGGAGGAGAGUCAGUGCAGGUACACGCCGACGAAUAUAACCGCCACUGACCCACAUCCAAGCCUCGACAAUGCUCGUGCAUGCCUGCAUGGCUUUCAUGAGAACGGACUCUCCUCUUCCUCCUCCGGCGCUCCGAUGGAUCCUUGUCUUUUUUUUUUUUUUUUUCUUCCUUUCUUCUCUUCAUCGCUGCUCCCCUUUUUCUUGCAUUCCCCCCCCCCCCUUUUUACGACGCAGUUGGAGACAGAAAUUGCUCCACCAAAAUCCAACCACUACGCGGUAUAGAGCUAUCAUAUUCCGGAAUCGAGUCGGGCAGCCGAGUGAUUUUUCAAAUAGAUAUAUUAAUAGCAUGAUAAGUAAAUCGGGUGAGUGAGUCUGAGUGUAACAAAUUGUACGUCUUCGUGAGAGUGUCGAGAGUCAGUGGAGCACGCCUACAUCGGGGCCGCGUGAUAUUAUAUAUUUCGGUGCAAUAAGUAUAGUUAAACGAAAGAAAGGGCGAUCCGUGAUCGAAGACUCUGUAGUUCCUACAAGUGCGCGCGAGCGUGUGUUGCUUCAUGCAAAAAAAAAAAAAAAAAAAA